AUGAGCGGGUAUUUACCUCCACACUCCACCGAAGGUCCAGCAUCAGAAAUCCUAAAAACAGAGUAUGAAUUGAAAAGAAGUUCCAUCAAAGGUGGUGAUUCUGCGCCAGGUCAAUUCGAUGUUUACUUGCCAAAAGGAGAAACACCAACCACAAAAACCCGCAUUAUUCUGCACCCCGAUAGCGAAUCUCCUCUCCAUCUACCUCCUCUCGGUUUCGGUCUUUGGGGUUGGGGAGACGUGAUCAGUUAUGGCUGGGGACCAUCCGGAGGUUAUGACCAGAAGUUGAAUGAAGAGAGUAUCAAGUCGGCUUUUGACGCUAUGGUGGACCGGUUUCCACUGAUCUUUUUCGACACCGCGGAACAUUAUGGUUACACUGACGGAUUUUCCGAGAGUAUGCUGGGCAAAUUUCAAAGCGAGGCAGACAUACGAGACCGACUCGUUGUAGCGACGAAGUAUUUUCCAACACCGUGGCGCCAUCCAUGGAGAUACCCAAACAUUGUGCUUGAGUCACUAAGCGGCUCUGUCGAUCGAACUCAAUUAGACUCGAUCGAUAUUUAUCAAUUGCAUGGCCCAUCGCACUGGGGGUUCUGGCCUCGUCUGUCUACUUUAGUCAAUUCGCUAGCGAAAGCUUACCACUCUGGUCGCGCCAAAACAAUAGGCACAUGCAAUCUCAGCUUCGAGCAAGUGCAAUAUGUUUAUGAAGAGCUGAAGAAACAAGGGGUUCCGAUGGUGUCGAACCAAGUAGAGUUCUCGCUUGUACGCAUGGAUCCAUGGACGACGGGUCUAAUCGAAAAAUGUCGCAAGCUAGGUAUCGCAACAAUCGCAUACUCACCUCUAGCAGUAGGUCGCCUAACCGGAAAGUACUCGGAUCACAACCGACCCAGAGGCAACCGGAAUUUCGGAGAUAUCUCGUGGGCUAAGAUUCAGCCUAUAGUCGACGAAUUGACCGCAAUUGGGCGAGAAGUUGGGAAAACGCCCACAGCUGUUGCGUUGAACUGGGUCAUGUGCAAGGGUGCUAUCCCGAUUCCUACUUGCAAGAAUGCUACGCAGGUUGAAGAUUGUGCGCAGUCAUUGGGUUGGAGGUUGAGUGAUGAGCAGGAGGAGAGGCUAGAUAAAGUGGGGAGGGUUAAUGAUUGGGAUCUCAACCUGCUUAAGCACUUCCAGAAUUGGUGGUGGCAGCAAGGUUGA